CCAACAGUCAUGCUGUAAUGGUUAGACACACAGUGUGUUAGAACUGUUGUUGAUUAGCUUCUUGUCUGCUGUUCCAAGCAUUGAACUUAAUCUAAGGAAGAACAGCUGCAAACUAUCGCCAUGUUCUUACAUAUCUUCGUCGCCUUACAGCUUGGUCAGUUGGUACAAACUAAUUCACUGUGUGUAAACGAAACUUUUAAAAAAGUACAACAGGUCUACAUGACAUCGCUUGGGAACACCGGAGCCAACUUUACCGCUGAUUGUAGUGUCCAGUGUGAGUCCACAGAAAACUGUGUCGCAUUUACAUUCAAUACAGUGAGUGGCGCGUGUGUCAUGUACCGUGAUAUGACUGGAACAUCUGCAGCCUGCAUUACAGGAAAUCUGUAUAGGAGAUCACAAAUGGCUUCAGCGCCAAAUGCCUACAACGUUCGACUUGUUCCGGGUCCAGCAUCUGGUCGUCUUGAGAUUUACUACCAGUCAGCAUGGGGAACAGUCUGUGACGACGGUUUUACUGCUACAAACGCCGGAGUCGUCUGUAGGCAACUGGGAUUGCCUUCAGACAAUGCGGCGUUCCAGAGUGCAGCUACCUAUGGUCAAGGGACGGGCACUAUACUACUGGAUAAUGUACGGUGUACUGGGGACGAGGUAUAUCUGUCCCAGUGUUGUCACAACGGCUGGACAAGUCAUAACUGUAACCACGGAGAAGAUGUCGGCGUGGACUGUCAGUAACAUCAGAUCUACGCAGCAUCACUGUGGUGUUGGUCGCAGUAGUUGGGACUU